AAAGACAAAACGGAAAUUUGAAAAAGUUUCCUAAUUUCAGUAACUAUUAUAUUUUUUAGUUUUCAAUAAAUUAUUCUCAAAGAGAAUAAACUUACCUAUAUACCUUGAAAAUAACUUUAAUCUCUAAUGAUAAGAUUCCAAACAAAACGUCAAUGUUUUCGUUGUCAAAUUGCCAAUAUAUGGCCAAAUGCACGUUAUUAUUUUGUAAAUUAUAUGUAUGUGAAUUAUUUUCGAUUUAUUUUAGUUUUUAUCUGUUGUUAUUGUGGUGUGAGUAAUUUAAAAUAAUUAUGGCGGAAAAUCCCGCAAUUUUGCUGAAUAUCAGCGAGAUGAUCGACCUUGCAAUAGGAACACCUGAGUGUGGAGUAGUAGAUUUCAAUAUGCUUCAAACGGUACUCCACGUACUGGCCCAGCAGUUGCAUGUGUUGGGCAAGAAUGUGGAGUUGAGGGGAAGCGCGGCCAACCUGCCACAAUAUACCGGCAAGGAGCAUCUACAGACCAUCGUUGUCAACGAGUUUGAAUACGAAAUAGAUAAAGAUAAGACUACAGACAAGGAGAAACCUGUGAUGAAAAUUGCUACAACGGCGGUCCAUAAAUCCGAGGAACCAGAUACUAUUUUGGUCGUGGCAGGAGGGCCUCCUGGUACAGUGGGUGGCACUGCUCGAGGUCCUGUUGGUGGUACUACCGGUGGCACCGCUAGUGGCAAUGCUGGUGGCACAGCUGGUGGCACUGCAGAUGGCACUGCCGGUGGUACUGCUGGUGGCAUUCUUGGUAGCACUGCUGACGGUACCCCAGUUCGUUCGACGGCUGGUACCACGGCCGGUACUGCACCUACAUCAGCUGUCUCCACAAUGGCGACAUCCGCGGGAGGUCCACUUCCUCGUCUCAUACCACAGUCUUCUACCGAGAAACUUUCUCUGGUCACCGCCAGCAAGUUUAACAUACUUGAAAACGCAGUAGAGGAUCUCCGGAACCGUGUCUACGGUAGCAUACCUAAGAACGAUCAGAUCUUGGAAGAAGUCAGAUCACAGACAAACAUGAAAGCUAUAACAGAUAUGUGGACCUCAUUAAACGUGUCCUCCCGCCUGGAAGCAGCUGAAGAGGGCAUCGCAAAAUUGAGCUCACUCGUCCAAGACUUGAUUGGUGAAACUACUAGCCUCCAGGACUCCUUAUCACGACGUCCUACUUUAGCAGAAGCAAAUGUAUCAACAUUACCAAUGGAACAACAGACCGACCAACAAGCUUCAGAUCCAACGGGUCCAGUCGGAACCGCAACCGGAACCACACCCGUCUCAGGAAGAUCAGUAAAAACGCUACAAGGAGACGAUUCGAGGGGUGUUAAAAAACAUUUAGACAAAAUAAGAACGGACUUAGACGAACUAACGAGGACGUUCUAUAAGGCUAUGGAAGAUAUACAUGGUGGCCAAAAGUCGUCUACGGGACGAUCGUCCAUAGUAGCCGCAGAUGUAAUGACACGGAUCAAUGAAUUGGAAAAGAAGCUGAACAAAUGCUGCGACUCGAUCAAGAAAAACGACGGCGUUAUACAGGACCAAAUCAAUUCUUUCCAAGAUCAAUUGGAGGGUCUUAUGAGACAAGUUGCAACACUUACUCAAGAUCUAGCAGCUGGAAAAUUAUCUCCGGAUCUAAUAAAGGAUUUACAAGGAUUAAUGGAAUUGUUCACAACGGUCCAAAAUAUGCAAGAACAGUUGAAGCAAGUACACGAAACGGCAUUAGAACUUGCUGCUGAAAAAGAUGACAGACAACACAACAUUGAUGCUCUACUCGAGCAAAUAGAACUGUUGAAAGCUAUUAAAUUGGAUCGCGAAGAUAUGUUCGAAGCCAUGGCAGACAAAGCAGACGUACGAAUGUUGGCAAGGAAAGUUUCGCAUGAUCAAUUCGAGUUAGCGUGUGAUGAUCUUGCCAAAGGAUUGGAACAGACGCUUGGGAAACUUAACUUACAGGAAGCAAUAUGGCAGCAAGCCCUAGACGAUAUACAGCGAGAGAUAGAGAUGAAACUGGACAAGAUGGAACUGUCACCGGUGAAGGACUUCUUCAACAACAAGCUACGGCAGUUACAAGAUAAUCUUAAGCGGAUGGCUUCGCUACGGCAAGAAGCAGAAGCAGCUGGCACCAAGAAGAAAUUAUUACGUGACGUCAAAUGUAUUUCGUGCGAUGCAAAAGCCGUAAUGAACGCCGAAGCUCCGAGCACGGUGCCAGUGAGCCGUCCGCUACCCGCUAACAUGUCUAUGAAACCAUAUCUCAGCUACGAACUCGAUGCUAUCCGCAAGACGCAACAGACAAAUAUGCCGCAACGCAAUAUGCACGACUGGGAGGCUAUAGACAAGCAAAUGGGACCCAAGCCACCACCUAAACCAAAGUCUGAAGGUGAUAAGCACCUUUGUAACCGUUACUGUGGCGGUUCGCACACGGUAACGACGGCUGCUCAACGCGUCGCUCGACUGGGGCACUUCGUCAAGCAGUGGGGGCCUGAUGUGCUGCCGUUGUCGUCUGGUCUCGCUGCUGGCGACGACGGCAGGGUAGCAAGAGAGGGGCUAGGGGCCCCGGACCCGGCGGCUCCUUGCCGGAUAAAUAUUUUGACUAUUGCCUUUCAAUACAUCUAUGAAAAUUGUUAUAUUCGUAAGAAAACAUUACGAUUCCCUCACAAGAAAAAACUCUAUAAAGUGACUACUACAGAGGCGGCGAACGUAGGGCCAGGUGGUGCUGUUGACCCUACGUGUACUCCUAAACCACCACCAAAAGAAAAUCAAGAGAAACCAAAACCACCUCCGAGACCCAUGGUGCUCAGUAAUGAAUGUCGCUGCUUGGAUGGGGGUAAAUAAAACAACUCGAAUAUUGUAAAUGAACUGAUAUUACGUACUUAAUUUAGAAAAUCAUUUAUAUGUUGAAUAAAGAUUGUUUUUAUUUGACUUGUGUUAUCAAACUAUCUACUUAUAUCAUGUACUAGGUAUUUUACCGCGACGUUGCCCACGUAAAUUAUAAAUGAAUAUAACUUCAAUUUUCCGUAGGUGAAAGAAUUUUUAUAAUCGCAUAAGUUAUUCCUGC